AUGGACACGAAUUCAGAGAUUCUGAUCGUCGGAGCCGGCGUAUUCGGCAUCAGCACAGCCUAUCAUCUGGCCAAACGAUCCCCCAACCCAUCGGCCAUCACCAUCCUGGAUCGUGCCCCUCCCCCUUCUGGCGAUGCCGCAUCCACCGAUCUCAACAAGAUCAUUCGGGCAGACUAUUCCAGUCCGCUGUACAUGAAGCUGGCCUUGGAAGCUAUUGAGGCCUGGAGAAAUGAGCCGCUCUUCGAAGAAGCCGGGGUGUAUCACCAGACCGGUUGGAUCAUGAUGGACGAGCGUGGUAGCGACCUCUCCCGUCGGAUUCGCAAGACCUUUCUUCAGGUCCAUGGGUCUGAUCCGGCGCAGGAUCUGACUCAAGAUGAAGUUCGUCGUCACUGGAGCGGGGCAUUGCAAGAUGCGGAUUUGAGUCCAUUUGGCUCGUAUUAUUUCAACCCGCUCGCUGGAUGGGCCGAUGCCGGUCGUGCUCUUCAGAUCAUGGCCGAAGAGGUCAUCCGGAUGGGUGUGCGAUACGAGCUGGGCGAGGCUCGUCGCUUGCUUCCGGGCGACCGUGGGGUCAAGGGAGUACAGACACUGAGGGGCGACAUAUUUACAGCCGACAAGAUUCUGUUAUCCACCGGAGCCUGGACAAGCCAGUUGAUGACUUCCAUCGAGGACGAUCUAGAAAUGCCUGAAAGCGACCGUGUGGAAAGCCAAAUGACUGCGGCGGGGGUGAGUGUGGCCCAUCUUCAACUCUCCACCGAGGAGAAGGGGCUCUAUGACCAGCUUCCAGUGUGUGUCUACGGAGGACAAGAGGUUAUACCUCCCACCCCGUCCGGAAUUCUGAAAUUCACCAACUCGACCUCCUUCAAGAACACGAUCCAAACCAGCACUGGCCAUUCUCUCUCGGUGCCGCCAGCAGGAAGCCAGUCAGUUGUCCCCAAGCCUCUCCAGAAGGUUUCUCACGACUGUAUCCGAGCCCGUCUGCCCCGACUCCUCGACAACAACCGCAGCGUGGAUUUCUACCGUAUCUGUUGGGAUGCGAUCACACCAGAUCAACACCCAGUGAUCAGCCGACACCCUCAUCCACAACUAUCAAAUCUCUACCUCGCCGCGGGCGGCUCGUUUCACUGCUGGAAAUUCUUGCCCAUUAUGGGCUCGUGCGUCACUAACGUCCUCGACGGAGUUAGCAACGGGGCCGACCGUGACGCGGCGUGGGCGUGGAAAGCCGCACCUCAGAGGCAGGGGCAAGGGGUCCACGACACGCUCGCGCCCACUCAGGAGCUACGCGACUACGAAAGCUCAACGGCGGGGUCGAGGCAAUGA